CGCACUUCUGGCUUUCUCUGUUUUCUCUACCAGAAACUAGAGAGGGUGAGACAAUGAUAGAUAGAGACCCUUUUCUCACUUUCGGCUUCAACUUAUGUACGAGUCUGUUUGAGGUAUUUUUGGCUGCAAGAUUGGAACUUUUGAAAACCCUUUUGUUUAUUUAUUAAGUCUUGGUGGACUCUCAAGAAUCAAUCUAGUUAAAGAAUACUAGUAUUUGAGCCACCAAACAAUCAACUGCAACAAUCUUUACUGUUUGCUCUUAAAUCUGGGAAGAAAGGGGGAAGGGAAACUAUUGGGUUAUUGGGGUUCGGACGUUGGAGCAUUGGAGAGUCCAAAAAUGAGUUGGGUUUGAGUCUGGAUUUUGGAUUAAGAUUGAGAAAUUGAGAUUGAUUCCUGUGGUAGGAGGAGUAUGGUUUGUUAGUGUUCCCAUUGAUCUGUGGGAUGUUGUAAAGCAGAGAAAAUAGGUGGCUUUGGGGGCAUAGUCAUCUGAAGAUGUCUAGGGUUCAACUUCAACAUCAAAUCUAUCAAAAAGAUGGUUUUUCUACAUAUCCACCUCCUCUUUCUCCGUCAUCUUCAUCCCCAUAUCCUGUUUCUUUACACUCAGAAUCAGCCUCUUCAUCAACCCCAUCUUCAUCUGGUACCAGAAUUAGUCCUGCAGUUCUUUUCAUUAUAGUGAUCUUAGCUGUGCUGUUUUUCAUCUCUGGUCUUCUCCAUCUGCUUGUUAGAUUCCUCAUAAAGCACCCAUCUUCCUCGGGAUCUUCUCAAUCUAAUAGAUAUCCAGGUAUGUCCAGCUCUGAUGCUCUUCAAAGGCAGCUGCAACAACUUUUCCAUCUCCAUGAUUCUGGUUUGGAUCAAGCUUUUAUAGAUGCUCUUCCUGUUUUCCAGUACAGAGAGAUAGUGGGUCUAAAGGAGCCUUUUGAUUGUGCUGUUUGUCUCUGUGAGUUUUCUGAGAAAGACAAGCUGAGACUGCUUCCUAUGUGUAGCCAUGCAUUUCAUAUAAAUUGUAUAGACACCUGGCUACUAUCAAACUCAACAUGCCCUCUUUGUAGAGGAGCUCUUUUCACUCCUGGAUUCUCAAUGGAGAACCCAAUUUUUGAUUUUGAUGAUGUUAGAGAAGAUAAUGGAUGUUCUGGAAAUGGAGAAAUUGGAUUUUUCCCUGGUCAGAAGACGGUGGAAAUGGAAGAAAUUGUUGUUGAGAAAGGUGUCUUGCCUGUCAGACUAGGCAAAUUCAAAAGGCUAAAUGACGGGGCAGGGCAGGCAGGAGGAGAGACUAGUAGCAGCAAUUUAGAUGCAAGAAGAUGUUAUUCAAUGGGUUCAUAUCAGUAUGUGCUUGGUGAUUCAGAUCUUAGGGUCGCCUUAUCUCAUGACCGAAAUGGCCGUGAUAUUAAGCUUUCAAAAGGUGUAGGGCAAAAUGGAAAUUCUUCAGCUGAGAGGGAUGUGGAAGGGAAGAAGAUCAGUAGCGUGACAAAAGGUGAGAGCUUCUCUAUUUCCAAGAUCUGGCUUUGGUCCAAGAACGGGAAAUUUUCAAGCUCUUCAGAUGCCCAAAUGGGUGUGCCUUCUUCUGUUAACAUAGACUUACCAUGGGUGGCUGAAACACAGAAAAAGUGAAAGGUAAUUUAUUUGGUGGUUCCUUGUUUGGUCAUUACUAUUUGAUCAACGCUUGUUGUGCCCUUGCCGAGCUUUUCUUCUUGAAAAUUUUUUGCAAACGCUAAUUCAGAAGUUGUAAUGUUUGUUUGUGGCAUAUUGUUGGUGUUCUGUAAAUAUUUUAUCCUUGAAACGUUUAAUUCGCUCACUUACAAUUACAAAGGCAAUUUCUUGUUGUAACUUGUAGGGAAUGAGAAAGAAAUCAUGUAGGUGGCAUAAUGUUGUUGAGAGACAAGGCUAUGCUGUUGACUGCUGCUUUCUUCUUGUUUGUUGCAGCAAUAAACUCAUGAUAGCAUAUUUCUUCUAGAAUAAGAUAUGGCACAAUAUAUUUGCACACUUUUU